CUUUGCCAAGGGUCUGAAUUUAAUAGGGAGUGUAAGGGACCAUUCCACACUUAAUGCUAAAUCCAGAGCAGCUGCCUGGAAGAGGUGGGUCCCACGUAGCUUGCAGAGCCAGCUCUUGAAACUUUGCGCCUGGACUGAACAGCCCUGCUUCCCUGACUGUGGCUCCAGGGCUUUCAGUCUCCCAUCACUGAAGGCCGAGGCUGGCCAAGAGCCCCCAGCCCCCAAUCAGAAGGCAGGCUGAGGUCCGUGUGCAGGCUGCCGCCUGUUUGUCCCUGUGGUGCCAGGGCCAGCCACACUCAAACAGGGACAGUGUCUUCCCUGUGCUGUCCAAGUUGGGGGGGUGUGGUGUCACUCUAGCCCGAAAUCAAGGAGGGGUGUCUGUGGGGGCCCAUCAGGUGGCUGUGGGGGAAGAGGAGCUGAGGACCCAGGCCAGCUCUUAGGCAGGCACUCCAGGUCAGCCUGGUGCCGUGCUCCUUUAAGGCAGACUUGGAUCCACCAGGCAGCAAGCCUUGGCUGGGCUGGUGGCUCAGGUUCUGGAGUCCAAGACCUAGGUUCGAAUUCUGACCCCGCCACAUGGAAGCUGUGUAACCUCUGAAAAGUCACGUGAGCCCUCCAAGCCUCAGGUGCUUCUGCUGCAGGACCAGACUGAAUAAUCCCUUCUCUGCCUACACACGGGGUUGAUGGGAGGGUCAUCUGUUUCACUGCUGGUGUCCUUUACCAGUACCCUCUGCGUGCCCAGCCCUGCACUCCGAGCUUUGGGUGCACAAAGAGCGUGUAAGACAUGGCCCCUGCCUCAAGGAGCUUGAAAUCCAGUUGGGGAAAGUGUCCACACAAUCAUCUGAACUCCAGCUCACCCCGGAGAUUAUAGAUACAAGACAAUCAGCUUUCUCUGCAGCUCCCGGCAGAGAUCGCUAAUCAGCCUGCAUGAGUGGGCAUGAGUGGGCAUGUGCAAGACGGCCUGAACCCGUGUUGGCAGGGCUGCCCUGAUGGGGUGUGGUAAUGAAUGAGCCGGCCCAGCCCCAGCGGACAAGGAUGGAGAGCCACACCCAGGAGGGUAAGAAGCGAUGCCCACCCAUCCCCACGUAGAAUGACUGUCCUGGGAGGGUGGAUCCCCAGGCCCUGGCAGGGCUGCUGACCCUCAGCCUGCAAACUGCUAAGAGUGGAGGACUGCAGACUCUUCUUGUGGAUGGUCCCCUACCCUGCUGCUCCAUCAUGAGGCUCCUUGUGGCCCCCCUCUUACUGGCCUGGGUGGCUGGUGCCGCUGCCACGGUGCCCGUGGUACCCUGGCGCGUGCCCUGCCCCCCUCAGUGUGCCUGCCAGAUCCGGCCCUGGUAUACACCGCGAUCGUCCUACCGGGAGGCCACCACCGUGGACUGCAACGACCUGCUCCUGACAGCCGUGCCCCCCGGGCUGCCCGCGGGCACACAGACCCUGCUCCUUCAGAGCAACGGCAUUGUCCGUGUGGACCGGAGUGAGCUCAACCACCUGGCCAAUCUCACCGAGCUGGACCUGUCCCAGAACAGAUUUUCGGACGCUCGAGACUGUGACUUCCGUGCCCUGCCCCAGCUGCUGAGCCUGCACCUGGAGGAGAACCAGCUGACCCGGCUGGAGGACCACAGCUUCGCAGGGCUGACCAGCCUGCAAGAACUCUAUCUCAACCAUAACCGGCUCUACCGCAUCGCCCCCGGGGCCUUCGCUGGCCUCGGCAACCUGCUGCGGCUGCACCUCAACUCCAACCUGCUGCGGGCCAUCGACAGCCGCUGGUUUGAGAUGCUGCCCAACCUAGAGAUCCUCAUGAUCGGUGGCAACAAGGUAGAUGCCAUCCUGGACAUGAACUUCCGGCCUCUGGCCAAUUUGCGCAGCCUGGUGCUAGCAGGCAUGAACCUUCGGGAGAUCUCCGACUACUCCCUGGAGGGCUUGCAAAGCCUGGAGAGCCUCUCCUUCUAUGACAACCAGCUGGCCCGGGUGCCCAGGCGGGCCCUGGAGCAGGUGCCCGGGCUCAAGUUCCUGGACCUGAACAAGAACCCGCUCCAGCGGGUGGGGCCCGGGGACUUUGCCAACAUGCUGCACCUCAAGGAGCUGGGGCUGAACAACAUGGAGGAGCUGGUUUCCAUCGACAAGUUCGCCCUGGUCAACCUCCCCGAGCUGACCAAGCUGGACAUCACCAACAACCCCCGGCUGUCCUUCAUCCACCCCCGCGCCUUCCACCACCUGCCCCAGAUGGAGACCCUCAUGCUCAACAACAAUGCUCUCAGUGCCUUGCACCAGCAGACGGUGGAGUCCCUGCCCAACCUGCAGGAGGUGGGUCUCCACGGCAACCCCAUCCGCUGUGACUGCGUCAUCCGCUGGGCCAAUGCCACGAGCACCCGCGUCCGCUUCAUCGAGCCACAGUCCACCCUGUGUGCCGAGCCGCCAGACCUCCAGCGCCGCCCAGUCCGCGAGGUGCCCUUCCGGGAGAUGACGGACCACUGCCUGCCCCUCAUCUCCCCCCGCAGCUUCCCCCCCAGCCUCCAGGUGGCCAGUGGAGAGAGCCUGGUGCUCCACUGCCGGGCCCUGGCCGAACCGGAACCCGAGAUCUACUGGGUCACUCCAGCCGGGGUUCGACUAACGGCUGCCCGUGCUGGCAGGAAGUACCGGGUGUACCCCGAGGGGACCCUCGAGCUGCGGAGGGUGACGGCGCAAGACGCGGGGCUGUACACCUGUGUGGCCCAGAACCUGGUGGGGGCUGACAGUAAGACGGUCAGUGUGGUGGUUGGCCGGGCUCCCCUGCAGCCGGGCCGGGACAAGGGCCGGGGGCUGGAGCUCCGGGUGCAGGAGACCCACCCUUAUCACAUCCUACUGUCUUGGGUCCCCCCACCCAACACAGUCUCUACCAACCUCACCUGGUCCAGCGCCUCUUCCCUCCGGGGCCAGGGCGCCCCUGCUCUGGCCCGCCUGCCGAGGGGCACCCACAGCUACAACAUCACCCGCCUCCUUCAGGCCACGGAGUACUGGGCCUGCCUGCAAGUGGCCUUUGCUGAUGCCCACACCCAGUUGGCAUGCGUAUGGACCAGGACUAAGGAGGCCACUCCUUGCCACAGAGCCUUAGGGGACCGGCCCGGGCUCAUAGCCAUGCUGGCCCUCGCUGUCCUCUUGCUGGCAGCCGGGCUAGCUGCCCGCCUUGGCACUGCUCAGCCCAGGCAGGGCGUGGGUGGGCGGCCUCUCCUUCCAGCCUGGGCUUUCUGGGGCUGGAGUGCCCCCGCGGUCCGAGUGGUGUCCGCGCCCCUCAUCCUGGCCUGGAAUCCAGGAAGGAAGCUGUCCAGGUCUUCAGAAGCAGAAACACUGUCCCCACCAUUGCUGCAAAAUUCUCGAAGCUCAGCCUGCUCUCCGCAGUAGACACGUAACUAGGACUCCUUUUGACCAAAAGGGAGGCAGUCUGGGCCAGAUGCCCUGCCCAGAAAGUGACAGGGACCCGCGUGCUUGAGGCCUGGCAGCCAGACCAAGACAGACGGGGCUUUGCAGCGCCAGGGGCGGCUCCCGCCGCCUCCACAAAGUCCCCGUUACCUUCUGGGGGCCUGUCUGCUGACAUUCUGAGGAGCAUCUCCGAGGAACAGGAAGGACUCUGGCUAGAGCCUCCCAUCUCCCUAGUUGUCUAUGUGCCCAGAGGCUCCUGGGCCUCUGCUUGGAUGUCCCCUGCCUGUGUCCCCAGGCCCUUGGCCCACAGGAUGCGCCCCCCUCCUCUUCUCUUUCUUUGUACAGUCUCAGUUGCUUGUUCUUUCCCCUCCUGGGCAAGGGCUGAGGGAGGCCUCUCCUCCCCACCUUGGGGGACCGCUCCCACAGUGGGUCCCCGGCCGGAUCUGAAAGACAUUUGGGGAGGGGGAUGCCCAGGAACGCCUCAUCUUGGCAAGCCCGGGUUGGCACUGCGAGGUUGACUUUCUAUAGGCAAUUUUGUACCUUUGUGGAGAAAUGUGUCACCUCCCCCCAACCCAGUUCACUCUUUUCUCCUGUUUUGUAAAAAAUAAAAAUAAGUAAGAAUAACAAUAAUAAGGGGGGAAAGGAAACAAAAGGAA